GUUAACAGACAUGCGCUCCCGCUCGUGCACUUUGCUCGAGCGAGGUUCGCGCUUGUGGGCGCGUUCACGUUGUGUAUCCAGUGUGCGAGACCGACAAUUCAUCAUCACAGUCCAUUCAAUUUCUACCCAGACGCUGACCUAUUCAGAGCUACAGCAAUGGCCUCCGGUGUGAAAGUCACAGAUGAAGUUAUCGCCGUCUUCAAUGACAUGAAGGUGCGUAAGGCUCAGGCGAACGAGGAUGAGAAGAGGAAGAGGAAGAAGGCCAUUCUGUUCUGCAUAAGCAAGGACCUCAAGAACAUUGUUCUGGAUGAUGGCAAAGAGAUCCUGUUGGGUGACUUGGGAACCACCGUCCAGGACCCCUACCAGCACUUUGUGAAGAUGCUGCCCCCAGACGACUGCCGCUACGCCCUGUAUGAUGCCACCUACGAGACCAAAGAAACAAAGAAGGAGGAUCUGGUCUUUAUCUUCUGGGCUCCAGAAACUGCUCCCUUGAAGAGCAAGAUGAUCUAUGCCAGCUCAAAAGAUGCUAUCAAGAGAAAAUUUGAAGGUAUUAAGCAUGAGUGGCAGGUGAACGGUUUGGAAGACCUCAAAGACCGGCACACCCUGGCAGAAAAGCUCGGCGGUUCGUCAGUAAUCAGCCUGGAAGGAUGCCCUAUAUAAAUACUGCCCCUCCCUCCCUCCCGGCUUCAGUCGAGGCCUCUCAGACACAUCUGUUGGGUUUAGCUGUUCAUUCCAGUGUGGUUUGGAGAAGGGCAAAAGCAGAACCAGCACCGAUUGUGGGACUCUUUGGGUGGGAUAUUGUGGGUGGGUAUGAGGGUCAAGUGACAGACAAAAAAAACCCAAAAAACAAAAAAAAAAUAAUUCCAUAAAUGCAGACUGUCAUUCCAGUUCAUGCAACAUAAAGAAUAUGAAGAAAACACACACACACACACACACACACUCACUAAGGAAAAACAUUAAGAUACAACUGAGGAAGGAUGAUGAUGAAGAUGAUAAACUGAAAUACACAUAUUAUUCAUGUUUGAGGACAGGGUUUUGUUCUUUUCGGGUUCCAUUUGAAUGAUUACAGAGAAAGGGACAGGCAAAAAGAUUUCCCACCAUUGAUUCCUGACAAAUCGUACUUUUUAUUAUUAUUUUUUUUUUUUUUUGCCAAACUUCUAGUUAAGUUUUGUAAGCGUGUAGUUGAGACUAGGUGUUGUAUGAACUAAUUCACUCUUGAUUGCACAAGACGUAACAAAACUUUCUUUGGGGGAACACGGUUAAAUAUAUAUAUUUUUUGUUUUGUUAUUCCAUUGUUUUGUUUUUUUUUCUCUCUCUCUUACUUUUUGAACAUGCAAAUUCCAAAACUUGAGUGAUUCCUUUUCAUUUCCAGCUCUGGGUCAGAAAACCACAGCAUUUGAUGUAGUAAACGGACAACAUUCCUCGUACUUGUUAAAAGCAGGAGCCUCUUCAUUUAAAAACUUUGGUGUUAUGAAGGUCUGAUGGGGAGCGAUGUGUAUAUGAAAGACCAGCGGUCAGAGUUAAGACUGAAUAUUGAAUGGUGGAUGUUUUGUAUCGUCUCCUUAUCUCUAAUAAAAAGCACUAAACUACUGA